UCCCAAGUUUUCAGGGAAACACCCGACAGAAACGAAAGCAAAAAUGUUUUAGCGUCGCUUCUUCCAGGAGGAACGCUUCGCGAGGCGAGAUCUGCGCGACUAUGGCCACCACACAAGCUGCCAAGCCAAAAAGAACCAUUGUGGUCUGCGGUGUUCCAGAUGGCCUCCUAAGUGACGACGUCAUGGCUGACAUAUUAAUGAUUCAUUUUCAAAAGGCAAAGAAUAAGGGUGGCGAUGUGGAGGAUGUUGCCUACCCGACAUCAACAGAAGGAGUGGCAUAUGUAACGUUUGAAGAUGAACGAGAUGCAGAAAAUGUUCUCAGGAAAGGCGACCACAGCCUGGAGGACAAGAGGCUGCUUGUGGGUUAUCCCUUGAAAGUGUCGUCAUAUGGAAAAAGUAUUUUUACCUGCGUGACAUGCAUCCUCAAUUUGUCCCCAUUUGGAGAGAAAUACAACUUGGAAAGUCUGGUGCAAGACUUCAAGAAGAAGUUCCCUAAUUUGAGCUUUGGGCUAUUACAGUCUGACGGGCUAAUAAGUGUACAGGGUCCAUUUUUAGCCAUCAGUGCCCUCCAAAAGGAUAUCUUAUUAAACAUAAAGCAUUCCCUUUCAGAACAACAUGCUGCAAGAAAUCUAAAAGCAUCAGAUCACAGGCCUGGUACAAGACAGGCAAACAGUGGAUUAUCCUCAGAGCUGAAAAAUAAUUUUGUGCAAAAUGCCAGUAAGGAGGAAGGACUGACUGUUGCCCUUGACACCGAUACAUAUCACUACAUGAGGACAUUUAGAGAAGAGUUUUACCAAAGGAGUCUAAGUGGUGUUAGUAGUUAUGCUGCUAUAGAUGGUCAGGUCACCACUAUAUAUCUAAAGAGUGACAGCACAAAACCAGGUUCCAGACCGUUAAGACAUGCAAAAGUUAGGGUUGAAGGCUUGUUGGCAGAAUUAUAUGGCUUUCUGCGUAAAGAAAGAUUGUCACAUGAAAAGUCCAACAACUCUGAGAAACGGAGACGUGAGCGUGCAUGUGAGAUGUUAAGGAGCCAGUAUCCAAACGUUCUGGUUCUAGCAUACCCAACUCACAUUGAUAUCAUAGGAUCCUCCUCAGACAUAUAUGAGUUUGCAAAACAAGUAAAUAAAAUGAUGGGAAAUGUCUCCAGAGAACCUUGGAGAUAGGCAACUGGUUAUUUUGAUCUCUUGAGGGCAGACCUAGAUUUUUAUGUUCGGCACAGGAGCUGCCACCGAAAGCUGCAACCUUCUGUUGUGUUCUCUGCAACACAGGGGUUCAUUUUGCUUCUUGAAUUGUGUUCUCUGCUUGUA